AUGGACCUGUCGAUGAUACUUGGCAUUGCUCAGCUCAUAAAAGAUUACACUGGUCUUGAACAGAAGACGCAAACACUUCUCCACGAACUGGAGAAGUUAACCCGCAAGGAAGAUGACGUAGUUUCACAAGUAAAAAAUGAAGAAUCUAAGCUCGGAAGGAAGAGGAAGAGAGAUGUUGACGACUGGUUAGAACAAGUGGAAAGGACAAAAGCCAAAGCGUCGUGCUUAGAGCGAGAAGUUGCAGCCAGAAGAUGGGAUGCUUUUCAGAAGCAUCUGAGUAAGGUAUUAUCUCGCCUGAGAGAUGACAAAGUGUUGAAAAUCGGCAUUUUUGGAAUGGGGGGUGUCGGGAAAACAACCCUCGUCACCCACAUCCACAAUCAUCUACUAAAGGAAACCACCAAUGGGAAGGUCCUUUGGGUUACAGUUUCCCAAGAGUGCAGCAUUCAUAUGUUGCAGGAUAAGAUAGCCAAAUGUCUUGACCGUACCCUGUCAAAUGUCGAUGAUCAGAUUCAACGGGCAGCUGAACUGUCACACUAUCUGAAAAGAGAAAGACAUGUCCUCAUUCUGGAUGACUUAUGGUGCUCGUAUAGUCUAGAAGAUGUGGGAAUUCAGCUUGGCUUUGACAGAUGCAAGCUAAUUCUAACAAGUCGAUCCUUAAAUGUGUGUAAGCAAAUGCUGUGCGAUGAAGUGAUCAGAUUGGAGCCUCUUCCUGCGGAUGAAGCCUGGAACCUGUUUGUGAGGAAUCUCAAACACCCGAUUGUCUUCUAUCCGGGAGUGGAAAGUGUCGCACGAUCUGUUGCAGAUGAAUGUGGGGGGUUGCCUUUGGGGAUCAUGGUGAUUUCAGGAAGCAUGAGAGGAAUGACGGACAUCGAGGAGUGGAGAAAUGCGCUAUAUGAGUUAAGAGAAGCGAGAUUUAGUGGAGACUGUAUGGAGGAGAAGGUAUUUAGAAUUUUAAAGUUCAGUUAUACACGUCUGAAUGAUCCGACGCUGCAGCAGUGUUUCCUACAUCUUGCAUUAUACCCUGAGGAUCACCGAAUAUCGAGAGAGAACUUGAUACGAGAUUUUCUCAUGGUCGGAUUGCUAAGCGACUCCAAAAGUUGGGAAGAGGAGUAUGAUAUGGUUUACACCAUCAUCAAUAAAUUAGUCAACGCGUGCCUUCUUGAAAGAAUUCAAAUAUCCCAUGCUUAUUAUGAACGUGACUAUUUGAAGAUUCAUGAUUUAUUUAGGGACAUGGCUAUAAGUAUGGUGCGCUCCCAAUUCAUGAUAAAAGCCGGACUGGGCUUGCGAGAACUGCCAGCUGAGGAAGAAUGGAGAGAGGGCUUAGAGAGAGUAUCUUUGAUGCAUAAUUGGAUAAAGGAGAUACCAGCAGGGAUAUCACCAAGUUGUCCUCGGCUGUUGGUACUCCUCAUGAAUAAUAAUUACUUCUUGAAAGAGAUCCAUUAUUCGUUCUUAAGCCGCAUGCCAGCUCUACAGGUUCUGAACCUGUCUUAUACGGGGAUUGAGACAUUGCCCAGUUCGAUCUCUGACUUGCAUAACCUCAGUGCAUUACUGCUGCAUAAAUGUGAGAAACUGAGGUACGUGCCUUCAUUGGUGAAGCUAAAGGCGUUAAGGACAUUGGACCUAUCUUGGAGUGCUAUUAAGAAAGCUCCUGCAGGACUCGAGGGACUGGUGAAUUUAAGAACCUUCGAUGCUGGCUAUUCGAAACUAAAAGAAAUGCCCAAUGGAAUUCUGCCCAAACUCUCUCAUCUGAAACACCUUGAUCUUAAGAGUGCAGACAAGAGCUUGGCAGUGAAGAAUGCGAGGGAAUUAAUCAGUCUGAAAAGGUUGGAGAAAGUGAGGUGCAGGUUUAAGGAUAUCAGAGAAUACAAUGCAUAUGUGGAAUAUCUAAAGCUACGGGAUGGGGAUGGCGGUCCCAAGCAGUGGGAACUAAUAAUGCCAAUUAUAUACAAAGAGGAGAAUGCCUCCAGGGUAUUUGGUCCUCCGAUCUGCAGUAAAACUGUGAGGCUGGGCGCCUGUCAUAUCAAGGAAGGAGGAGGUGAAGAGCUUCCUCUGUUCCCGAAAGGCAUAGAGUGUUUGAGCAUCAAAGAUCCUUUUGAUGGCAUGAGAAGCUUGAUGGACAUUCCAAGCAUCGCAGACUGUAAGUUGAGGGUAUGUGGGCUAAAGAGAAUUCCUGGGAUGGAGCAUUUGGUGCUAUUGUCCUCGAGUUCUCCUGCAGACUAUUACGCUCCUCUGCAAAGCCUUGAGUAUCUGAAAUUGGAUGCGUUAGAUGACCUGCGUGCUCUAGUCGAGGCGGCUGCUGCUGCCGCUGCUGCUGCCGGGCCUUUGCCAGGGUGGAUCUCUGAAGGUGAAGGCUUUUGGGGUCUUAAAACAGUCUACAUCUACAAGUGCUGCAAAAUGAAGAACCUUCUGACGGACACGCUCCUGUCCCUCCUCGCAAACCUAGAAAAUCUUCACAUUCAAGAAUGUGAAGCAAUGGAGGAGGUCAUAGCAGUGACCAAAGCCGAUGAUCUUACUUCCACUCUAAGCCUCCCCAAGUUAAGGACCUUAUGUUUAAGGGAUCUUAAGGCACUGAAAAGCAUUUGUACGAAGACGAUAAUGUGUAAUUCUCUCCAAUAUGUAACACUACAACAAUGCAAGAAGCUAGAGAGGAUAGCACUUCAUGUAGGCCUCCCUCAUGACGGUGAACUACCCGGUGGCAAGGAUAAUUGUCUUCGGGCAAUUCAUGUUGGGAAAGAUGAGAAGGAAUGGUGGGAGUCAGUGAAUUGGGACAGUCCCGUGGACAAGUCCCUCCUUCGGCCUUAUGUCCGAUACAGAUGA